AUGUUCCGUUUCAACCUCAACCUCUUCGCCUUUGUCCUCGCUUUCACGCAGCUCCUCGCCAUUGUCGCUGCACCGAUUGAUGCAGGCCAAAUCAACGUCUACCAAACCUCCGAAGAAUGCUUUGCAAACCAACGCAUCCUUAUGGACGACCUGAACAACGCAGCCGAAACGAUGAUGCGCGUCUACCUACGCUUCGACAAGCCAGCCGUAGUAAACGUGAUGGACAACAUCGGCGGCGCAAUCAAGCAGCUCGAUUCUAUCUCGCGCGUCGCACGCUUCGGCGGGAAAGUCGACCCGCAGGUGACGGAGGAUUUGGUGACUUUGGCGAGGAACGCGAGGGCUCAUCUGGACGAGGUUAACGGAGUUCCGGAUGUGAAGACGGCGCAUGAGGUGACAAGUGCGGUGUGGACGAUGCAGGACGCGCUCUCGAUGGCGCAGGCGGUCGCUUAUGCGUGCUGA